AUGUCGCCGUUACCAUGGACGCCUCGUGGCAUGGACGUCAAGUACAAGUAUGCGAUCGUACGGGUCAAAGAAUCGUCGGUGAUCGACUUCUUCGGUCUGAUCGCGUCGAAUGGUUAUUCGGAUGUUUCGUUCGUUAGCAACCUCAAUCAGGCUAUCGCCAGGCCGGAUCCCAACGACGAUGUUGCGGACUCUGAAGACCACUGCUCGGUCUCGGCAACGCCCAUCUCGCCCGCUGAUGAAUUCACGAAUGGCAACACGGCAAAACGCCUGUCGAACAACAACGCGUUCAGUUUGAUGAGCAUAGCAAAAGUCGAGAGAGAAGACCCCAAUAUCGAAGACGAGGGCGAGGAUGGUGUAGAAUUAAGUCUUGGCACGUUCCCACAAGGAUCGGCGCCAAUUGAUCUCGUUAGUGGAUUAUUUGCUACGCAUAAAGUGCCUGUUCUUGGAUCAGAUUGGGCCUCACCUAAUGAUUUAAAGGCUCGUCAAUUCGUCUCGAAUCACUCACGGAUUCCGCCUUAUAAACAGCUAGAAGGUUUCCAGACACGAAUGAAAGGCUGGCAACGAGAAUAUAUAAAGGAUAUUAUAAAAGAAGGACAUUAUCCUACGGAAGAUGAGCUGCGAGAUAUUGAAAUAAAAUGCGAUCUCAGUCGUAAACAAGUGCUGCGAUUCAUCGCGAAACGUGUUGGAAAUCCAAAUCGAAAGCCACGGGACGGUCGACUACCUCCAGCAACCCCCGAAGAAAUCCAGCAAACUUUGGAAAAAUUUAGUAGCACCUCGUCCUAA